AUGGAGUACGCUAAUUGGGAUGAAGGUAACAGUAAAGCCAUCCCAUUACCAGAGGACGAUUUUGACCAAUAUUUUACUGGCUACAAUGAAAUUGAUAACUUGUUCAACGAAACUUUAGCAGGCUUACUGGAUCUUGAUGUGCCAUCGGGUUUCGCUCCUCAGAACGAAAAGCAUCUGCAACAAUUCCAGUCUUCAUCAUCAGAUACUUCCUCGCCACACCACGGCAAGCAUAGUAGAAAGAUAAGUGGUACGGCUAUUUUUGGAUUCACUGAUCAUGGGAAGAGCCUUUCUAUUAACGGUGGGAUCCCACAUAACGAUAAUAAUGAUCUCAACACUGCAGAUCUAGGUUACAAACUCAGUAAGAAACCGGAACCAGUUAACGCAUCGGUGUCGCCAGAUCAACUUCUCAAGCACCAACAUCAGAUCUCGAUUUCGACUAGGCCCAUUGAUUUCGAAUUGCCUCAGCAUCCUCUAGAAGACGAGGAGGAAGAGGAAGCUGAAGCUAACAUCGGUCUUGGAGCUGCGAGCCAGAAGAAGGUCGGUGAACAGGAAAAGUCAGAGGAAGAUUUCAUUGUUACUAAUGAAUCUCCAAAGUCUUACAAAUUUCCACCUUCACCGCUUGAGUCAAAGCAACCUAUAAUGAACAGUUUCACAGCUAAAUAUUUACAGGAAUUUAAUCUGACGAAUGUUAAAGUCGAAUAUGUCGACGAUAUCGAGCCACUCUUAGAUGAAGAGAUUCCAACGCAAUUUGAAGCGCAGUCGUCACCUUUCAACAACCAGAAGGUUGUUUCCAAUAACAUUCUAGGAACCUCUAAUGCUUCUGGUCAUCAACAGGGAUACAAGUUUGUGCCCAUACCUGUGCAAGAUCCUAAAGUUGUUGCUUCUAAUACUCAUCUCAACAGUAAGAAUGCAUUCCUUCCACCACCAUCACCACCCACCUUGUCGAAUGGCUCACCAGAAUGGUCAUCACCUGAACCACAGUCUCCUUCACCUUCCAGGAUGUACAAUCAUCAAAACAGCAGUGAUCGUGGUGUGUCCGCAGUUCCAUACAAUAACAAUCCAAACUUCUCUUCACCAAUUCACCCACAGCAGUCUAAAAACUUUUACACUCCACAGUUCUUCUCAGACAAUAAUGCAGUCGGAUACGAAAACACUAACAAUCUUGCUUACCAACAUCUAACUCCCCAGAACCAGUCACCUGUUCGUCCGCAGCAGCAACAACAGCAGCAACAGCAGCGCUUCCAACAGCAGUACAACCUUCAGGCAUUACAAGAACAAGCAGUGGCUCCUCCUCCUACUUCUUCUCAUCAGAUUCAUUACUCACCACAUUACGCUCAUUUAAAUCAUCAUAUACCAUCUUCACCAGUUGUGAAUGCAUCGCUCAACUCUUCGCCGGUAAGAUACUACAAUAGUCCAUUGAGGAAUGUAGCAAACAGUGGAGAACCUUCGAACGAUGAUAGCGUAGUUGAUGUAAAUGCAACUAUAGUUCAGCUCACUCCGUUAAAGGAAAACCAAUUCCAAACCACCCCAAAUAGAAACAGCAAAUUGGACCUUAAAUGGUCACCUGUGAUAUCACCAAACGCCAAAUCUUCCCGAGACGUGAGAAGAGCCAUACAGCAGUUCACCCCAAAGAGGAAAAUAGAAAAGACUUCUUUGCUUCCUCCUGGAGAAUUGGACCAAUAUUGGGAGGGCCCUGAUGAGAAUAAAGUAUUUACUUGUACUUUUAAUGGUUGUGGUAAGAAGUUUACCAGAAGAUAUAACGUUCGUUCACAUAUUCAAACCCAUUUAAGUGAUAGACCGUUUGCAUGUGCGUACUGCCCAAAGAAGUUUGUUAGACAGCACGAUCUCAAUAGACAUGUCAAGGGACAUCAAGAAGCACGUUACUGUAAAUGUCCUUGUGGAAAAGAGUUUGCCAGACUUGAUGCCAUGAGAAAACACAGAGCCAGGAACAUAUGUAUAGGAGGAGUCGCCAGUAACGAAAAUCACUGUAUAGUGAAACCAAAGAGGAAGAACUCUCAGUUAUUAAUGGACGAGUUCACAUCUGACAUGUUAUCAGAAGAACUUACAAGUAUUGGAAGAUAA